UCGUCAUCCAGCAAUGGUUAUUACAAGCCACUCAAACAUACCACUGCUAGUAAGAAGAUGGCAAGCCAUGCAGCGUGCAUUCAACGUGUGGCACCACCGUGUUUCGAAGCCUCGCUAGCGAAUAAGAGCAAAACAAUUAGCCCCUUUUCUGUGAAUAUUACUAGAAGGAAGAGAAGAAGCAGUGGGGUGAGGUGCAGCCUCGUUGACUUCAUCGGAGGAGACCUGGUGAAGCCAGACAUCGGUCGUUGGCUUGAGGAUGUUGAAAAGCACAAGGCUAUUGCCAUCUACACUCCUCAUGAAGGUGGAUACGAAGGUAGGUAUCUUAACCGUCUUAAAGAACAAGGCUACUACUUUCUUGACAUCUCUGCUCGAGGACUUGGUGAUCCAGAGACCACACUCCUCAACCCCUACCCUGUUUGCCCUGCUCACCUUGGGAAACAACCUAUAGCAAGGUGGUACUAUCCACCAGAAGUUGACUACAGACUCUCUGCUCUUCCUCCUAGUGCCAAGGGACUUGUGGUCUGGAUCAUCGAAGCGAAGGUCCUAUCAAAGUCUGAACUCCAGUUUCUCGCUUUGCUUCCUUCUCUCCGUCCUAGUGUCAGAGUUAUUGCUGAAUGUGGCAACUGGAGAAAGUUCAUGUGGAAGCCCCUUGCAGAAAUUGCAGAACUAGCUGCACAAGAGUAACGUCAUGAACCCAGACACCAAUGGAGCCGACCUUGUAUAGUUGUUAUCCUGCAAGUGUAGCAGUAUUCAUCACAUUGUACAAUUUGAAAAUUUGUGCAAUGCACUUGGUAAUAAACUA